CGGCUGAGCAACACCUACACGGAUCGUCGAAGCUGAAGCUUUCGGUGGUGUUGGGUUCUUCCAUUCUCUGACGGCACGGCAGCAACGACGUCCAUGGAUCAGGAAACUGCAGUUACAAUGAUCUCCCGCUCCAAGGCCAUGCAGCUGCAGCGGCCACGGCGGUGGCGCGACGGCGACGGCGACGGGGAGGAGGGGCCCACGACGGCGGGCGGCGGCGGCGGUGUGGGGUGCAGGUGCCGGUCGUGCGCGGCGGUGAUGCUCGCGGACUGCAUCGCGCUGGGUUGCUGCCCGUGCGCGCUGGUCAGCAUGCUGAGCCUAGCGCUCGUCAAGGCCCCGCUCGCCGUCGGCCGCCGCUGCGUCGGCCGCCUCAGGAGCCGGAGGCGGACGCUGCUGCACAACAAGCGCGUCCGCGACGUCGCCGCCACGUCGGCGGCCGCCGCCGGCGAGAAGAAGGCGAUCGCGAAGCCAGAAGAAGAGCUAGAAGCCGCCGACAUCGUCGCCAACGACGACGACACCGCGUCCGCCGCCGCUGCCACCGCCGGCGCGGGUGCCCCGACCGACGAGGACCUGGCGUGGCUGGAGGAGAUGUACCAGAUGGGUCACUGGGGCUUUGGCCGCGUGUCCAUCUCGGGGAAAACCCCGUGAGAAGCGCGCGCGCCACGCCUCGCCGCGCCGGCGCCGGAUCGGAUCAAGUCCACGCGACGCGCGCCCCGGCGGCGCAAGGCGCGGGAACGGGUCAACGUAGUACGUGCAAAGGUUGCACCACUAUUCGGUUUGAUGUUUUCUCCAGCUGUUUUCGUGUACGAUUGAAUUUGUCGGGGUGCACACGCGCGCCCGUGUGGCCGUGUGCGCUGUGCGUGCGUGUGUGCGCGCCUCGCGCGCGCGUGUGGCUCUGGAAAGCGUGUGCUGCAGCCUUUCGCGCGCACGAAUCUCAAUGUAAAAAAGGUUCCCAACGGAAGCAGUUUCCGAAGUA